UCCCGGUAGCUCUUAUAAAUUACAUCAAAUUGGUUAUCCUUGCCACAUUCUUCUCUUUGAAAAAGAAGCUGUAACUGCAUUUUUAGCCGUAAUGUCAGGACGCGGAAAGCAGGGAGGCAAAGCUCGGGCCAAGGCCAAGUCGCGCUCGUCCCGCGCUGGCCUUCAGUUCCCCGUGGGGCGAGUGCACCGCCUGCUGCGCAAAGGCAACUACGCCGAGCGAGUGGGGGCUGGCGCGCCGGUGUACCUGGCGGCUGUGCUGGAGUACCUGACAGCGGAAAUCCUGGAGCUGGCCGGCAACGCGGCCCGAGACAAUAAGAAGACGCGCAUCAUCCCUCGCCAUUUGCAACUAGCCGUGAGAAAUGAUGAAGAGCUCAACAAGUUACUCGGGGGUGUCACAAUUGCCCAGGGCGGCGUCUUGCCCAAUAUCCAGGCAGUCUUGUUGCCCAAGAAAACGGAGAGUCACAAGCCUGGCAAGAAUAAGUAAUUAGGAGGCUUGACACCAACCCCACUCACCCCAAAGGCUCUUUUAAG